AUGUCCAAGCCCGGAGCCGUGGUACUACUAGUACCUUGGAUGAGUUUGGUGCUCCUGUUGCUGAGCCGGUCAGUACCGGUAUGGAGUUUUCAACCCACAAAGCCUCCGAUUGCCUUUCAGCAUUAUUUGAGGACACAACAGCGACAGUUUUUCUUUCGAGUGCAUCUCUCCGACCCCCCAAACGAAGAUUCCAACAACGAACCAGCGACUGGUUCUACCCCCGAGAAGAAUACAUCAGCAGCAGCAGAAGAAGAGCCUGUGAACAAGAUAGAACCCGCAUCCGAAUCGUUAUCUCCUCUGGACUGGCUGUCCAAAGUACAAACAGGGUUCAUUUACUUUUUUGCAACAGCCGUAGCUGCUGGAUUACUCCUAAACUUGUUUGGCUACGGAUACACACUGUCACCAGGCGAAGGUCUCCGCAUUGAUAGCCUCAAUGAACUGCGAAUGGAACAACAGCUUGACGUAGCAUCGGGCAAUAAUGCUGCCAGGGGGCCGGGAGGAUUGACUGGAUUCUUCCUCCGGAAUCCCUUUACAGCUUCGCUCAUUCUCACUGGCAUUGUUUUGGUCUACGAGAAUGUCGUGUACAAGAAUAAUAAUAAGAAAUAA